GAAAUUCACACAGCGGUCGCGAGGUCGACUCAGCUGACCAACCUCUCUUGCGUUAUUACGGAGUGAAGCGCGUGCGCCCUGAGCUGUGAAAUAAAUAACGCCGAUUUUUACCUUCUCACGAAACGUGAUAUUCAACAAUAUAUCGCAGAAGUAGAGCCUUGUAAUAUUUGAAAGAUGGCAGACACAGAGCAAAGGAGUCCACCUCCUCAGCCUCAGACUGGACCUGUGCAAUUCCUCUUGAGUAAUAAGCUGGAAACGGCUAUGUGGCUGUCACGACUGUUCACUGUCUACUGCGCCAUCAUGUUCAUUCUGCCACUGCUUGGGCCUCAAGCAGCUAAUAACUUCUAUCAGAGGGCAUUGCUGGCAAAUGCCUUGACCAGCGCUCUGCGUUUGCACCAGAGACUUCCUCACUUUCAGCUGAGCAGAGCCUUCCUGGCCCAGGCCUUACAGGAGGACAGCUGCCACUAUCUCCUCUACUCCCUCAUCCUAGUCAACUCCUACCCUAUCACAAUGAGCAUUUUUCCAGUGUUCCUCUUCUCACUUCUCCACGCCACCACCUACACUAAAAGAGUCCUUGAUACCAUGGGUCCAAACAGCCUUAUGUUUGUGAGGAACUUUUUGAACAAGCUCACAGCCAAUCAGCAGAACAUCCUAAAGUUUAUUGCUUGCAAUGAGAUCUUCUUGAUGCCAGCUACAGUCUUCAUGCUCUUCAGUGGUCAGGGCAGUUUGCUUCAGCCGUUCAUCUACUACAGGUUUCUCACUCUGCGCUAUACCUCAAGACGCAACCCAUAUUGUCGGACUUUGUUCACGGAGCUGAGGAUUUUACUGGAGCAUUUUGUGAUGAAGCCCAGCUGUCCGGCCUUCUUCAGGAGGAUGUGCCUCAACAGCAUUGCCUUUAUUAGCCGCCUUGCUCCCACCGGUGUCUAACAUACACAAACUACUACACACAGUUCACAGAUUGGGACAGUUUCAAGAUUAACUUACAAACAAGAUGGCCAGGUCUGAUCACUCAAGAUGGAUGGCUUCUUCUGCACUGAGGCGUUUGCUAUGUUUGGAGAGACUAUCAAUCUGACAGACUACAUCCAAAAACAAAACACCAAGAUGAUGUAUCUCUGUGGACAGUUGUCUGUUAAGAGGGUACAACCGUUUUAGUUCAUUAGAGCUUUUAUAUUGAUUUUCAGGGGGUAGAGAAGGAGCCCUUGGGAUGUUUAAUUUUAACUGCUAGGGUAAAUAGAUACAGCUCUUUAUAGCUUGUCUUUCUAAUGAAAUCAAAUUUCAGCUAUCAUUAGGCUUGUCUGUUCUUUAGUUUGAUUCCAUUUUUUUAUGUUCUUGCUAAAAUUGUUUCUAUUGUUGUAUUGGAUUACUUUGAAAAUCUUGAUGUACCUUGCCCGGAGCAUUUCCCAACAGUUGACAAUUAUCUGAAUGCCAUAAGUUCAGGAAGUUUCAUAUGUAACUUGAGGAUGCCUUUUUCAUGUGAACAGAAGACUGAGGUGUUGUCAAAUAUUCUGUGAUUCUCAUCGAUUACAGAGACCUAUACUCAACUGUUCAUGUUUAGGGCAAGUUGUAACUGCAUUUGAGAAUGUCAAUUAUUUGCUUGUUCAAGGCAUGUUGUCAUUAUAUUUAUUGCCUCUGUUUAUAACUAUGGUGGGUAGAUGAAUAAAAUCAAAGGUGUUAUUAAAUUGUAACUACCAAU